UUUCCAAUAGGCGUGAAGGCACCAUAAGCUCCUCCUCCGGUAGUCCGAGCGGGAAGUUCAGAAAGAUGGCUGCCUCUUUGAAAUAAUAUUCGUGUUUUCUGUUGCUCAUUCAACACAGAAGGCAGUUUAGAGGGACUGUAACCGGCUAGUUUGUAUGCACUGACUUCUAUCGGGUGUCAGGCUCAUCUCGUGUUGUUUUAUCGAUAAGUGAAGCCAGCUUAGCCUGUUUUUCCAGUGACUGAAGAACAUCUCGGCAGUCAUGUCCAGUGAGGAGAAGAGCAGCUCUGCGUCCAGGUGCUUCGGACAGUUUACCUACACAGCUGAGGAGUACCAGGCGGUGCAAGAUGCUCUGCGACAGAAGCUGGGACCGGAGUACAUCAGCACCAGAAUGGCCGGAGGAGGACAGAAGGUAUGCUACAUUGAAGGCCAUCGUGUCAUCAGCUUGGCCAAUGAGAUGUUUGGAUACAACGGAUGGUCUCACUCCAUUUCCCAGCAGAACGUUGAUUUCGUAGACCUCAUCAAUGGGAAGUUUUACGUCGGCGUCAGCGCGUUUGUUAAAGUGCAGCUCAAGGAUGGAUCGUUUCAUGAGGAUGUUGGCUACGGAGUCAGCGAAGGACUAAAGUCGAAAGCUCUGUCACUGGAAAAGGCGAGGAAGGAAGCGGUCACUGAUGGCAUGAAGAGAGCUCUGAAAUGUUUUGGUAAUGCUCUUGGUAACUGCAUCCUGAAUAAAGAAUACCUCCUAGCCAUUAACAAGAUCCCCAAGCAGCCGCCACCUCCUCUAGAUCCAGCCCGGACUAAGCGUACUGAAGGUGAGCCGUCGGUGGAGAAGGCCCGGCUUGGCAGUCUGCUCCGAGAGGAGAGUCUUAUAUCAGCACCGGUUCCUGUCAGGACGCCGCUGGAGCCCAGAGUCAUCAACCAGAACCAGAGUCAUUCAGAAGUUCACACUCCCAAUGCUGCCGACGCUACACCUGGCAUGAAGAGUGAGAACAUCAGCUCCGGGUCAGAAACACACACAGACCCCAAACAGCUGAGAAAACUCCGACAGCAGCAGCUUCAGCAGAAGUUCAGGAGAGAGAUGGAGGCCAAGAAGCUGCAGCAGAAGCAAGACCGAGCCAAAUCUGAGGAGGAAGAGGUCACUAUAGGACAAGGAUCCAGUGAAAGUGCUGAAGCUGAACUCAGGAAGUCCACCAGCAGCAGAGACGUGUAUUUAGCAGAUGACCCUGAGCUCUGGGAUUUCACUCUUUAUGGGAUUGAGGAUCUGGAUGUCCCUGCGGCUGCCCCUUCACCCAGAGGAACCCGGCCCAGUACGCCUGGGAAUCAUCAGAUGCAGACGCGCAGUAAAACCCCUCAGAGGACCGCGGAUAGGCGACCAGAGGCCCCGCCGAACAGCAGAGGACGGGAGCAGGCUCAGUACAGACCUCAGCAGCAGAACCAGUAUCAGGGCAGACCAGGUGAAGCCUCGAGUCCGUACAGACAAGGACAGUUCAUGAAAAAACGCAGGCUGGACACCUGACAUCCAGCCACUAUUUUGCUUUUACUUCACUUUGUACAUUUGAAAUUGUAAAGAAUUGCUGCUUUAUAUACAUCUGGAUACAUGUUUUCUGAUUUUGUUAAAAAAUAAAAACAUAACCAAACUGGGAA